AUGGGUGUGAAACGCCCUCCACGUGCUGUAAUCCCAGGGGAGGUCAUGGGCCAGAGCCAUUCCUCGGCUGCGGGGGGAAACAGUGGUGCCCCAGCUGCGGAUAAUGUUACGAGGAAGACGGACUACUAUGAGCUGCUGGGUAUAGGACGAACUGCUACAGACGAAGAGAUCAAAAAGGCCUAUAAAAAAAAGGCCCUCGAACACCACCCAGAUAGAAACUACGGCAAUGUUGAGGCUUCCACUGCUAUCUUCGCCCAGAUCCAGGGUGCCUAUGAGGUCUUAUCAGACCCCCAGGAGCGCGCCUGGUAUGACUCUCAUCGAGACGCCAUCCUGGCCGGCCACGAUGGUCCCACGGCUGCGCAGUAUUCUCAUGACAUCAAGAUGACCACCGCGGAGGAUAUAACGAGGCUCAUCAUGAAAUUCAACCCUCGUAUGGACUUCUCAGAUGCACCAUCCGGCUUCUUUGGCGGCCUGCGGGAAACCUUUGAGACACUGGCGCGAGAAGAGGAGCUGGCAUGCCAAUGGGACGGCUUGGAACCCGUCGACUACCCCUCGUUCGGCCACAAAGAUGAUGGUUAUGACAGCAUCCGCCUGUUUUACUCGAUAUGGAGCGGGUUUGCGACAAAGAAAUCGUUUUCGUGGAAGGAUAUAUACCGCUACUCCGAAGCCCCAGAUAGAAGGGUCCGCAGGUUGAUGGAGAAGGAAAACAGACGACUCAGAGACGAGGGCAUUCGAGAAUUCAACGACGCGGUCCGGUCUCUUGUCGCCUUUGUGAAGAAGCGAGAUCCCCGUUUCAAAGCCACCGUGCAGAGCGAAGAAGAGCGGCAAAAAUCCCUCCGGGAUGCGGCGGCCGCCCAGGCGGCGCGCUCGCGCGCUGCAAACGAAGCAAAGUUGCAGGGCCACCAGGUGCCUGAAUGGGCACGGAGCGAAGAGGUAGAGGAAGAUAUGUUCAGCGGCAGCAGUGAAUCUGAGAUUGAACAGGAUUAUUUCGAGUGUGUUGUCUGUCGUAAAAUCUUUAAGAGCGAGAAGCAGUUUGAUGCCCAUGAGCGGAGUAAAAAACACAUAAAGGCUGUCAAGCAGCUUCGUUGGGAAAUGAGGACAGAGGAUAAACAUAUUCAACAAUUGAGCACGGGAAUGGAAACGGAGACGGGCGUUAGCACAUCUAGUUCAAUACAGAAUUCCGCAAAAACCCUUUCAUCCACCGCCACUUCCGCCCAAGCAAAUGCCGAGCCCAUUUCCCCAGACACAGAAGAUGAGUUGGAAGACAUCGUUGAACCAGCCCACGAAAAUGAUGUAGAUGACCUGUCGGAUCACCCUAGAAUACCGGAGUCAAACAUAAGCGAAGCUGAGCCCCAAACGCGAACCCAAGAGCCUGAGGAAGCAGAAGACUACACCAACGCAAGCGAUACAGACCAAGAUUACGCGCCGCGAGCGGUUCUCCUAAAGCGUUUCGCUACAGACACAACCAGCGCGACCAACACAGCGCAUUACAACAACCUAAAUGACCUGACGGAAGACGUAUCAAAAACAUCCAUCAACGAUAAUGACGACGACGACGACGAACCAACACAGCCAAAACUAGGAAAAGCAAAGCUAAAACGCGCUAAACGUGCGGCUACGGCUGCGGCUGCAGCCGAAGAUGAAGGGAAGAAGGGCAAGACGUUUACAUGCGCGACCUGCAAAAGCUCGUUCACUUCAAACACCAAACUGUUUAACCAUAUCAAGGUGUUGAACCAUGCUCAGUCCGUGGCAGCCAUUAAACCUAAUAAUAAGCAGCCUGGCAGGGCAGUCGGCAAGAAGGGCGCAAAGCGCUGA